AUGAUAAUAUUUAUUUUAAUUACACACAUUAGUGCUUAAUGCUCUCAUCCAAUAUUUUGCUAAGGUGACAUUCUACAUACAGUUUAGACACAAAAAAUAUUCAAUGAUGGGAAAACCUUUGUGGACAUGACUAUGAAAAAGACAGAAACCGAGAUUUUAAAUGUUUGGAAAACAAUUGACACAAAAAAUAAAGAAUAAGUGACAGCUUUUGUGGCUGAUAAUUUUAUUGAAGCAGGCAGCGAUUUAGAAUCUAUCAGACCCAGUGACUAUAAAGAGAAGCCUGAUUAUGUAGAUAAUAUUAAGGUUGAAGAGUUAAAAGAUUGGAGUUUAGAAAUUAAUAAGAUAUGGUUGGAAUUGUGCAAAGAAUUUAAGAAAGGUAUUGAAGAUUCCACUUCGAUACUAUAUGUUCCAAAUCCAUUCUUUGUACCAGGGGGUAGAUUUAGAGAGUUCUAUUAUUGGGAUACAAUGUGGGUUAUUGAUGGAUUAAUAAUCAGUAAAAUGUUCGAAAGUGCCAUCAAAAUGUAGGAAAAUUUUGUGUAUACUAUUAAUAAGCUCGGUUACAUACCCAACGGAGCUAGGAUCUAUUAUAAAGGGAGAACUUAACCUCCUGUACUAGCCUAAAUAACCUACAACAUAUAUUAAGGAUUGAUACAAGAUGGAUAGGAAGAAAGAGCCAAAUAGUUUAUAAUUAAUUCAUUUGGAGCUGUAGAAAAAGAGUUCCAAUACUUUUACGAGCAUAGAUCAAUAAGAGCAUGCUUGAUAUUUUAAAAUGUUUAUUGUGAUGUCAUGUUGUAUCAUUAUGAUUCAGACAUCUACUAUCCAAGACCAGAGUCAUAUAAUGAAGAUAUUUCGAUAGGACAUGCAAAUAUUCAUAUGUAUCAUGAAAUCACAGCAGGAGCUGAGAGCGGUUGGGACUUUUCUACAAGAUGGUUUGCAGAUUAGAAGUCAUUAGAAUCCAUACAAACAUCAUAUAUUUUAAGUGUUGAUUUAAAUACCUUCAUGAUAAUCAAUAUGAAAAGAUUAGCUUCAUUUUCUAAAGUUUUGGGAUUGUAAGCCAAGCAAACCUUUUAUGAUACACUGAGUAAGAACACUGAAGAGAUACUGUUAGACAAAUUUUACAAUAAAGAAACAUAUUAAUGGAAUGAUUACAAUUAUAAGGACAAGAAGUUUAAUAAGAAUUUUUAUGCUUCCAAUUAUUUUCCAUUAAAUUUAAAAUCAAAGUCAGAUAGCAAUUUGAUAGAAAAUUUGAAACAAAUGAUAUAAUAAUAUCCUGGAGGAAUCCCAACUUCUAUCUUCAAUACAGGAUAAUAAUGGGAUCUUCCAAAUUCAUGGCCUCCUCUUAAUCAAAUGAUUAUCUAAGGAUUAAUCAAUAAUGAUUAGAAGGAACUUGCCUUAUAAUUAUCCUAAAAUGUUAUCAACAAUGCCUAUUGUUGUUUCUAGAAAUCUAUCACUUAAUAUGGAAAAGGAUACAUGUUUGAGAAGUAUAAUGCUGCAAGCGUAGGAACAUCUGGAGGAGGUGGAGAAUAUGAAGUAUAAACAGGAUUUGGAUGGACCAAUGGUGUAGUUAUUUGGAUAUUAAAUACAUUUGGAUAAUAAUUAUUGUUACCAACAUGUCCAUAAUAGAUAUGA